AAAUCACAGUUUUUAAAUAACGAUUAUGGGUGUCAAGAUUUCUGCUCUGCUUUGUGUUUUUCUUUUUUAUUUGUCUUUGCCUUCACUGCGAGCAGAGAAACACUCGCUUUAUUAUAUUUACACGGCUUUGUCCAAAUCUGUCGAUCUGCCGGGCAUCUAUCAAUUCACUGCUAUGGGUCUGCUAGACGACAUGCAGAUUGGCUAUUACAAUAGUGUGGAACAGAAGAUUCCCAAACAGACCUGGAUGAAAGAGAAAAUGCAGGAGGAUUACUGGGAAAAAGGCACCCAGUCCAGAAAGAGUAAAGAACAGUGGUUUAAUGUGAAUGUCGACAUUCUGAUGAAACGCAUGGGACACAGUGAAUCGGCUGUCCAUGUUCUUCAGUGGAGAACUGGUUGUGAAAUUGAGAAACAGGGAGAUGAAGUGAAGUUUUCUACAGGCAUCAGUGAGUAUGGCUAUGACGGAGAAAACUUUCUGUCUUUUGAUAUUAAAGAGUCUCAGUGGAUUGCCUCAGUUGAUGCAGCUCGACCAGCCAAGAGAAAAUGGGACAAUGUGCCAAUCCUAAACCAGUACACCAAAGGAUACCUGGAGAAAGAGUGUGUGGACUGGCUCAACAAAUUCAGAGAAUAUGGAGACAAGGAGCUCAGACACAACUCUCCUGCAGAUGUUCAUACGUUUGCAGUAAGGUCUCUCAGACACAAAACCAAGCUGAAACUCACCUGUCUGGCCACCGGCUUCUGUCCCAGAGAUGUGACGAUGACCAUUAGGAAAUAUUGCACAUCUCUGCCUGAAGAUUGGACUGGAUCCACAGGAAUCAGACCAAACCAUGAUGGAACCUUCCAGAUUAAAAAGAGUGUGGAGAUCGAGGAGGGUGAAAUAUCGGAAUAUGAUUGUUUUGUCGCUCACAGUACCUUCAAAGAACCAAUUAUCAACAAAUGGGAUGCUCCUCACUAUGCCCGACUAUCAGUGGCUGCCACAGGUUUGAUUGCGGCAGGGGCUGUAGGUGUGUUUGUGCUGGUCGUUGUUCAUUUAGUGGUUUGCAUCUUAAAGGAGACAGGGAUUAUUGACUCACCAGAACCUGAACGUUGGAUUGCUACAAUUCCUCCACAAGAAGAAGAAGAGGUUUUGUGGUAAAACAUCAGAAUGCAGUGUGAGGAAGUGAACCACUGGCUAUGUAUUUAAAAUAUUGGGGCAAAUGGAAACAGAGCAAGAUGAAAUUAAAGGCAUAAAGAUGUAACUUUGCCUCAGAUAUUGAUGUUUUUAUACCAAGUACUUAAAGGAAAAUAUUUUUUAUGUGAAGAGAGCUGGUUUUCCAGACUUAAUUCCUACCUCUAAAGAGCCAGACAGCAAUCACUUACAGCUUUUUUAAAUAUUUUAAAUCCGAGUGCCAAUAAAAAAAGCAGAA